GUUGAUGGCUCUGUGCUUUAUCUUCUCCACCCUAUCUAGUGACUCUUUCAAUCAUUCAACUGUGUUGCAACUGGCUUUGCGUUAUCUUUAAAUGUUCGAGACCAGUCCCCAUAUUUCCAAGUUAUCCACGGAUUUUACUUUUCAUACAUACAGCCAAUGUGUAAAAUAUAUACAUAUAUAUAUGUAUGCCCUUUUAUUGUUUGAGGGAAUGCCUCUUUAAUCUGAGAGCACUCCCUAUACCCAUAACUUCUUUGAGUUUUCAAGUUCUUCGUCUUUUGUUGGCUUGUUUAUUACGUCUAGGAUUGCUGAUCCACUCAUGCGCAUACAAGCGCAUUUUAUUUCGAUUUUUGCUUAACGCACAGACGAAUGUCAAAAUAUGGUAUACCUCAAGUAGAAGCACAUGAUGGGUCGUCCUUCGAUGACGAAGACGAAGAAUCAUCAUUAAAAGAAAUUGGAGAACGGAAAGCAUUUGAAUCAUCAGAGAAGCAAGAAGAAUAUGCAACAGAAGAAGACGACGACUUCUCAACCGAGGAGGAAGAAGAAGGAGGAGGUGGAGGCAUAGACUUGCAAUCGAAAUUAAAGAUGAGUCAUAUUUCAAUGGCGAAAUCUGCCACUAGAUCUUUAAAACGACAACUGAGUGGUAAAAAUAGCAUGUUUGGGUUGAAGAGGGUGAAGCGGGGAAUAGAAGACGGAGAUGGUAAUGUUGAGGAAGAAAAAAAAAAGAAAAAGUCCGAUAAAUUAAAAAAGGUGUUAUUUGAGAGAUUAUGGAGUGAAGAUGAUGAGAUUGACCUUUUAAAUGGCAUGAUCGAGUAUAACAAGAAGACAGGGUUGGAAGAGUUGAAUGAUUUUUUUGAUUUUAUCAAAAACUCAUUGCAUGUUAAUGUUAGAAAAGCUCAGUUGUCCGACAAAAUUAGAAGGCUGAAAAAGAAGUAUAAGAACAAUGCGAGGAAAGCUGAAGCAGGCAAGUUACCAAUGUUUUGGAAGGCUCAUGAGAAAAAAUCGUAUGAAUUGUCAAAGAAGUUGUGGGGCUGGGAAGAAGGGGAGAAGGAGCUUGCAACAUUGGAUAGGGUGGUGGUGAAGGAAGAGAAAAAGAGUGAUAAAGUGGGGUACUCACCAUGUGGGUCCAACUCCAACUCCAACUUGAACAUGGAUGAAAAGCAGAAAAAACUUGAGGUGCGGCAACUUGAGCUUUUCUUAGAGGAAUUGAACUUAAAGAUCAAGCGGACGGAACUGGCUUUGGAGGUAAUGAAAUCGUCUUGAUGGAUGCCAGAGUGACUUAGUUCUUAUUAUUAUUUUGAUGAUGUUUUUUUUUUUUAGCCUUUGACUGCUUAAUUUUGUUGUGAGAUCAAUGGGUGAUGAUAUUGGUCUCUCUUGUUUGUUUGGUGAUGAAUGUGGGAUUGAUUGUCUUUUGCAUGGUAAUCAUGGUAAUGUAAUGUAAUGUUUUGAACGGGACUCUACUGGAGAUGUAUGUCAUUGCAUGCUGCCUGCUUAUAGGCU